AUGAUAAGACUAGAAGUAGAGAACGGUACAUGGAUGGAUUAUGCAAUGAGAAGUGAUGGAGCCUUGGUAAUGAGAACUCGUUUGUGUGUACCCAGGAAUGAGGCUAUGAAAAGGGAAAUCUUGGAUGAGGCUUACUGUUCAGUUUAUACUAUGCAUCCAGACAGUACCAAGAUGUAUCGUACACUUCGAGAGCAUUAUUCGUGGCCUCGUAUGAAAGAGGACAUAGCUAAGUAUGUGAACAGCUUAAUUUGCCAACAAGUGAAGGCGGAGCAACAAAAACCAACUGCAUUUAUGCAACCCCUUCCAAUUCCUGAAUGGAAGUGGGAACAUAUUACAAUGGAUUUUGUUUUCAAGCUUCCUCGCACCCUGAAGGGUCAUGAUGGAAUUUUGGUGAUAGUUGACCGACUCACUAAAUCUGCUCACUUCUUACCCAUCAAAGAAAUGUAA